GCCUGAUGUGACCUUGAGGGUGCUGCUUAGGUUCUUCAAUUUGCUUCCUGACCAUAAUAUUACUGGAUUAGACGAAUCUUGGUGUCAUUAAGUCAUCAGUUGACUUCUCCCAGCGUCCUACUCCAAUAAUGUCUGAAGUAAAUAAAGAAAAUAGAGCUGAAUAUAUACGGAGAAUACUUUUUUCACAACUUCCUGAAAGACUUAAUGCUUUUGAUGUUGACUUGCUUCUUAGUGAAUAUGCUGAAUUGGUUGAUAACAUGAAGAAUGGGAUUAAUAAUUACGCUGAGGGAGCACUCAGGCUCGCUGAAGGCUGUAAAAAUGAGAGCAACCACUGGCGUAGUGCGAUGACAUUCGACAGGGCCUUAAAUGCACUCGAAGGAGUUACUGUCAAACAAUCUUCUCUCUUCCCAAAUCAAUCAUUACCUAGUGACUUUGAUGUUACUAAGUUUUGUAGCAUGUUAACUGAACUGUUCAAGGGAGAAGAUUCUUCUAACCAGGUCCACGAAUCAGUUAAAAACACAAAUGUACAUUUCUCUUCUGUUGGUCAAAAACGUUCUUCAGUAGAUUUCGAAAAACAUUAUUCUUCCCCUAAAAGACAUUUAGAAAAAUCAGAAAGUACCAGCUACUACAAAAAUCCCAGUAAUAACAACCAUAACACUGAAGUAACUGAAUCUGAGUCUACCCUUUUUCAAACAGCAGGAACCUUGCUGGAACAAAAUCUGAAAUCGAAACAAAAUGAAAAUAACAAUAGAAUAUCUUUGAUGUAUGGCUCCUCUAAACGAUCUUUAGGAAGUCGUCGAGGUGUUCGGGGUAACUUUGUCCCACCAUUUGAAAAAGAUUCAGAUUCUACAUCAAAAUCAACAUCAAACUACAUUGCAGAAAACAAAUCAGAGGCAUCUUUAUGUGAUGAACGACUGAAACAAUUUGACCAAAAGAUUGUAGAUAUGAUUAUGAGUGAGAUAAUGGAUUCCAAGAGCUCAAUUACAUGGGAUGAUAUUGCUGGACUUGAAUUUUCUAAGAAAACACUGCAGGAAAUUGUAAUACUUCCAAUGCUUAGACCGGACCUUUUCGUUGGGCUUCGUGGACCUCCAAAGGGCUUGCUUCUUUUCGGCCCGCCUGGAACGGGGAAAACUUUGAUCGGUAAAUGUAUUGCAUCACAAAGUAACUCGACAUUUUUCAGCAUCAGCGCUUCAUCUCUUACUUCAAAAUGGGUUGGUGAAGGUGAGAAAUUAGUGCGUGCAUUGUUCUCAAUUGCUCGGAUUCACCAACCAUCUGUCAUUUUUAUUGAUGAAGUUGAUUCUCUGCUUACUCAACGCUCUGACACAGAACAUGAGUCAAGCAGGCGGAUCAAAACAGAGUUCUUAGUACAGCUAGUGAGUUCACUAACUCGGUAUUUCUCUAAGCCACUCAAUUAUAUUAACGCAUCUCAGACGCAUGAUUUUUGUUUUAGGACGGAAUAACAACAAAUGAUGAUGAACGCAUACUUUUCAUUGGAGCUACAAACAGGUAUAUAUGUAUAUAUAUAUUCUUUUUUUUUGUUCACAAUCUUACUGACCAUUAAGUAUCUCAACCGAAUCUCAUGCACCCGUUGUUCAUACCAAAAGAGCACAACAGUUGCAUUUAUAAAACAAAGCACUACCAAUCACUUUAAAUCAAAGCACGUAAAUAGAAAGCAAUUACUCUGUCUUUACGUACCACUGUAAAUGUUGCAUAUGUACUGAACUAUGUUGAUAAUAAUUAUGUGCUGUUAACUAUUUCCUUGAACUAAUCAAGCUUCUAAACAGAUUCUCAGAAGGUAUAUGUAACAAGUUGUAGACUCUCAACUCUACGGACCAAAUGUAUUUAACUGUUUAGUGUUGAUGCUUCUAAAACGAUAUCCGUUUAUACUUUUUACUGAAUUCGACAGGCCUCAGGAACUUGACGAGGCCGCCCGACGGCGGUUUGUCAAGCGAUUGUAUAUCCCAUUACCCACUAAGAGCGCGCGAAAGGAAAUAGUACAAAGAUUACUGCGACAAAACCACCACACGCUAAAAGAGGACGACUUUUGGGAUAUUGCUCAUCGUGCUGAUGGUAAGUGCUGCUUAUUUGUAUGUUACAACUUAAUGUCAAUUGACUUACUAUUGGUAAGGUUCAUCUCUAUUUUAUUCAAUAUGAUGAUGAUCCUUUGCAAGACUGCUUGAUGAUAGCACAAAUAACUAAUCGUGUUUUCCAAACAUAAAAGGUUAUUCAGGAGCAGACAUGGCAAAUCUCUGUCGAGAAGCUGCAAUGGGACCUAUCCGCUCUCUGACAAUAGAAGCGAUACAGCAUAUAGCAUGCGAUGAAGUAAGUGAAACGCUUAACCUAGUCACAAUAUCUGUAAUCAUUACUAUUCUUAAAAUAACCUGUUUACCAGUAAAAAUUACUAUCCUCUCUAAAUCUGUUUCUGACACUUCUCGUUCAAUUUUAAACCUAUUAGUAUUAGUUAUGUGGUGAUACAACAAACAUUUUGGCAUUGCCACCUAAAAAUAUUCAGACAUUUUUAUCUUUCCUUUUUUAAGGUUAGACCAGUCGAAUUAACUGACUUUCAUGCUGCUUUCAGACAAGUUAGAGCAAGUAAUUCGUCCAGUGAUCUGGAACAGUAUCUGAAAUGGAAUAGUCAAUAUGGAAGUUUCGAAGUUUAGACGAAUAAAAUAUGGACAAACACGUCGGCUGAAACUUGUUUGAAGUUGAUCUGUUCAAACGUUGGUUUAUUUAUGUACAUGUUGACGAUUUUAAUAAAUUAUUGGAAUAAAUAAAGCUGGGACUCAUUUACAUGCACGAUAGUGCUUGGUCGAGAUCUUAAAUAAAUUAGUUUGAGCAUUCUUGUGUAGUUUGUGGUGUACUGUUAGUGUUAUCUUGAUUGAGAGAGUU